AUGGUAAACCGAACUUCAAAACGGCAAAUCAAUUUGAAAUAUAAAAGAGUAUCUCGGUCUUUUGCAAAAAUAAACCACUUUAAACAAAUCUUAACAUCAAUUUCAGCAAACAUCGAAAACUCAAGUGGUGAUGAAGAGAAAAACUUUCGAGAUUAUAUAGAUCAACCAGUUCAGGAUGCACUAUCAAUGAAUUAUUCAACUUUCAACGGCGCUUCACCUAAUACUCGAAAAGAAUCUGUAGCAGAAUCACACUUCGAUGAAUGCAGUGAAAGUGAUGAAGGACACAAACUAGAUGAGCAUGAAAUAAAUAUUGAAGAUUUAAUCGAUGAAAUAGAUAUAGAUGAUUUCAAUCGGAAAACUCCACUCUAUUCAGGUAGUCCCGUCUCAGCUUAUGAAGCAUGCGUUACAUUGAUUAAUUUAACGCAAUUAUUGAAUCUUGACAAGACGAAAACACAACUUUUACUCAAAGAAAUUCGAUCUUUUUUUCCGGUGGAUUGCCAUUUACCAAAAACCAUUUACAAAUUGUUCGAAAUAACGGGCAACACAAAUAUUCCACAGGUUUCUUUACAUUGUGUAAACUGUGGUGCUCUAUUAGCUAAGUCCAACAAAGAGGAGUGUUCUUCCAACUGUAUCUAUAAUGGCCAAUAUCGGUCAAGCAAAAAAAUUGCUGAGUUGGCUAUUAUGAAUAUCGAGUAUGAAAUACGACGCGUAGUUGAACGUUACGUUGAUCUUAUAAAUGAUUAUUCAACACAUGGAAAGCAGUUGGUUCCUUGUGAUCUUAUCAAUGGGAAAGUUUAUCAAAGUUUGUCUAGUUAUUCAAAUCACCCUAACAUCACUAUUGUUUUACACGGAGAUGGUGCGCCUGUUGUGACUGUGAGUAAAAAAUCUGUAUGGCCCAUACAAGCCACCAUUGUGGAAAUUCCGGUACCAGUGCGAGACUGGAAGUCAGCAGUUAUGGUGUUUGGUGUUUGGCUAGCAGCAACCAAUCGUUAA